UAGGACUUGUUCUUGUCAUGACGUAAGAGUGAAGAAAUGCAAUAUUUCAAUGCUAAUCUCUGUUUAUCUCUUGGCUGACAGUCAUCAUGACGAUGUGGAGCAUGAAUCACAUGAACACUAGGUGGGGACCUCCUCCUCCUCAUCCACCCUUGGAUAAACUCGUACUUCUGGUUCGGCCAGCUGUUGCACCAAGACGGAGUAAAACAAAACAACAACACCUUUUUUCCGAAAGCAUCUUCAAAAUAAAAGCGAGGUCGGUGUUGCAAUCUACUCGCCUUUCCUUGGGUGAGUACAAACCCCACGUUUAUUUUUGUCCAGUUACGACAACAACUUUCCAUUAUGUUUAAAAAAAAAAAAAAAAAAAAUUGGAAUUGGAAUUGUAGUGUAUUAGCACUCGCGGCGCGGGAAGGGUUUUAUUGUGAAGGUGCUAACCGGAUACGUCGCUUCUCGUUGACGGGAGUGAAGACGAAUAAAAAAGUUUUGGAGAGGAAAAAAGUUCGAAGCGAGGAGCGGACACAAAGAGGACGACGCUCGGGUGUCAACUACUGGACUUUUGCUGCUUUUAAUGUGUUUUCAUCCCUAAAAGGCUUGCUUAAUGAGGCGCGCUUGUGCGUGAAUUCCCGGACUGAGGUGUGUAAAGUUGGCGAGAUGUUUUUCUGCUCGGUUCUUCUCCUGCUGCCUGUGCUGCUUUCAGCCCAGUACCAAGGGGACAACGGCAUAGUCAUCCCAGAACAUGGUCUAUGUCAACCCAUCUCCAUUCCCCUCUGCACGGACAUCGCCUACAACCAGACCAUCAUGCCCAACUUGGUGGGCCACUACAACCAGGAGGACGCCGGGCUGGAGGUGCACCAGUUCUACCCCCUGGUCAAGGUGCAAUGCUCCCCGGAGUUGAAGUUCUUCCUGUGCUCCAUGUACGCCCCCGUCUGCACCGUCAUGGAGAAGGCCAUCCCCCCGUGCAGGUCCAUCUGCGAGCAGGCCAAGCAGGGCUGCGAGGCCCUCAUGAACAAGUUCGGCUUCCAGUGGCCGGACCGUCUCCGCUGCGAGAACUUCCCGGUGCACGGGGGCAGUCAGAUGUGCGUGGGGCAGAACAAGUCGUCGGCCGCCACCGUGCCGCCCUUACCCGUGCCGGGCACGCAGGACGUGUCCGCGGUCUCCAACCACGACCGCUCGUUCCGGUGCCCCAACGUCCUCAAAGUGCCGCCCUAUUUGAACUACGUGUUCCUGGACGAGAAGGACUGUGCGGCUCCGUGCGAGCCCGCCAGGGGCGGCGGCUACAUGUUCUUCACCGACAAGGAGAUCCACUUCUCCCGCAUUUGGAUCCUGGUCUGGUCCGUGCUUUGCUGCGCCUCCACCUUGUUCACCGUCACCACCUAUUUGGUGGACAUGCAGCGCUUCCGCUACCCGGAGAGGCCCAUCAUCUUCUUGUCGGGCUGCUACACCAUGGUGUCGGUGGCCUACAUCGCCGGCUUCUUCCUGGGGGACAAAGUGGUCUGCAACGAGGCCUUCAACCCGGACGGCUACAAGACCAUCGUGCAAGGCACCAAGAAGGAAGGCUGCACCAUCCUCUUCAUGAUGCUCUACUUCUUCAGCAUGGCCAGCUCCAUCUGGUGGGUCAUCCUGUCCCUCACCUGGUUCCUGGCGGCGGGCAUGAAGUGGGGCCACGAGGCCAUCGAGGCCAACUCGCAGUACUUCCACCUGGCGGCGUGGGCGGUGCCGGCCGUCAAGACCAUCAGCGUCCUCGCCAUCGGGCAGAUCGAGGGCGACGUCUUGAGCGGCGUCUGCUUCGUCAGCCUCAGCAACCUGGACCCCCUGCGAGGCUUCGUGCUGGCGCCGCUCUUCAUCUACCUCUUCAUCGGCACCUCCUUCCUCCUGGCGGGCUUCGUGUCGCUCUUCCGGAUCCGCACCAUCAUGAAGCACGACGGCACCAAGACGGAGAAGCUGGAGCGCCUCAUGGUGCGCAUCGGCGUCUUCAGCGUGCUCUACACCGUGCCCGCCACCAUCGUCAUCGCCUGCUUCUUCUACGAGCAGGCCUUCCGCCCGCACUGGGAGCGCAGCUGGGUGGGCCACAGCUGCCGGAGCCUGGCGGUGCCGUGCCCGGCGCAGGCGGGGCCCCGCAUGACCCCGGACUUCACCGUCUACAUGAUCAAGUACCUCAUGACGCUCAUCGUGGGCAUCACCUCCGGCUUCUGGAUCUGGUCCGGCAAGACGCUGCAGUCCUGGCACAAGUUCUACACCAGACUAACAAACGGCAAACACGGCGAGACCACCGUGUAGGACGCGCUUCCCCCGUGGAUGUUUUUCGGCGUCACGUUUGGGUUUGACCAAACGGCGCGAGCUGGAUUAAGCGGGUCGGUCCCGACUGAACAAAAACAUCAUGGCCGUGCGCUGAAAAUGCUCACCUCCUCCUCCUCUUCCUCCUUUUAGCAUUUCACAUGUAAAUAGACUGUAAAUAAUAUUUGUAAAAAAACAACAAAUCUAUAUAUUUGUAUUUAAAAAAAAAUACCUGCUUCACAUUUGCACUGCGACAAAACCCAAGUAGAUUUUUUUUUUUUUUACAAGCAAAAUAACUUGCAGUCACUUUAUAAUGAAGCUACUAAAUAGUCGUGUGUACUUCACUAACGAACCAUUGCGUGUAAAUAUGGGUUUUCAUGCGUACUCACACGAUGUCAUACAUGUAUUCUUUUUACUUCACAUCAUCUUUUUUGUUUAUCCUCCCCCGUGAACACCAUGACAUGCACCGUUUAGUAUUUCGAAAGCGAGGAAGUCAGGAAGUUUCUUUCAGCGCCGCCGUGUCGGACGGGCAUUGAACGCGGCGAGGCUCACGAGUCCACUACAGCAGGGGUGUCCAAAGUGUGGCCCGGAGGCCGUUUAUGGCCAACAGCAAAACAUUUUUAAGCGGCGUCACAUUUUAAAAGUGAUAUUACAAAAAAUAUAAACAGUUAAAAGAGCAAACAGGUGUAAUGUAACAAUAAAAUGUUGCAAUAUUGCCACUAAUAAUGCAGUUUUUUUUUUUUUUUAAACCUGGCAUUUAAACAAAAAAAUAAUUAAAAAAACACGGAUAGAUCUGAAAGUAAUCUUAACAGUGGUUCUCAUACUUUUUUCCACCAAAUACUACCUCAGAAAACACCCGGCUCUCCAAGCACCACCAUAAUGACCAAUGUUCAAAUAUAGUAGCGUAGUAGGCCUAAGUAUUUAUUAAAAACAAGACACAGGAUUUUUUU